CAGCUGGCGCAUCGGCCUGGGUGAGCUGGUGCUGCUGGAGAGGGCCAUGCAGGCCACAGCUGUCCUGUUCCUUGUGCUGGCCUGUACCUUGAGCACAGGUCAGCGUUCCCCUCUUAAUGACUUCCAGAGGCUAAAAGCUACUGAGCUGGUUUCUGUGUCCCUCCAGAAAGAGGAGAAGUCCGUUGGGGUAGAGGAAUGUGCAAGGCAGUGCACAACUAUCCUACACUGCAGAGCCUUUAAUUACAACUGGCAGAGCCAUGGCUGCCAGCUGCUGCGCUUGACCCAGCAUUCACCACAAACCCAGUUGCAGAGGAAUGUCCACUAUGACCUCUACCAGAAGAAAGCUUAUAUGCGGAACUGCAUUGUGGGAGAUGGGUCAAGCUACAGAGGGACCCAGUCAGUGACUGAAGAUAGAAAAACCUGUCAGCACUGGCACUUGAAAGUUCCUCAUGAUCAUAGGCAUUCUCCAUCAGCACGUAAUGGGUUGGAAGAAAAUUACUGUCGGAAUCCAGAUAAUGAUCAGGGUGGUCCCUGGUGCUACACAGUUGAUCCUAAGAUUCGGUAUCGAAGUUGUGGCAUCAAGAAAUGUGAAGAUGCUGAAUGCAUGUCAUGUAAUGGUGAAGACUAUCAGGGCUUUGUGGAUCACACUGAGUCUGGCAAGGAGUGCCAGUGCUGGGACCUGCAGUUUCCUCACAAGCAUCCAUACCAGCCAAAUAAAUACCCUGAUAAAGAUCUGCGUGACAAUUACUGCCGCAAUCCUGACAGUUCUGAGCGUCCUUGGUGUUACACAACAGAUCCUGCCACACAACGAGAAUACUGCCACAUUCAGAAAUGCACAGAGAACGGCCUCCGCCUUGCUACUACAACCGGCUGCUUCAGGCUGAAAGGAGAAGACUAUCGAGGCAAGGCAAACACCACUUCAACAGGUGCCCCUUGCCAACGCUGGGACUCUCAGACGCCUCACCAGCACAGUUUCCUGCCUGAGAAAUACGAGUGCAAGGACCUGAAAGAGAAUUACUGCCGGAACCCAGAUGGCUCAGAGGCCCCUUGGUGCUUCACGACCCUUCGCAACCUGCGGAUGGCUUUUUGCUUCCAGAUUAAACGCUGUGCUGAUGAUGUGGAAGUGGAAGAUUGUUACUAUGGAAAUGGAGAAGAAUAUCAAGGCACUGUCAGUAAGACUCGGAAGGGAAUCACAUGUCAGAAGUGGUCAGAGCAGUCGCCUGACAAACCCCAGAUCUUCCCUACCAUCUUCCCCACUGUGCGUCUUGAAAAGAACUAUUGUCGCAACCCUGACAAUGACAGCCAUGGACCCUGGUGCUACACAAUGGACCCUAGAACCCAAUUUGAUUACUGUGCUAUUAAGCCAUGUGCUGGUGACAAGAAGCCCUCCAUCUUGCUGAACCCAGACAAUAUAGUCUUUGAGCAUUGCGGCAGAAGGGAUGAGCGCUUGUACAACAGACGAAGUCGUAUCAUAGGGGGUCACAUUGGAAACUCACCCUGGACUGUCAGCAUCCGCAAUCGGAAAGGAAUCCAUUUCUGUGGAGGGUCGCUGGUGAAAGAACAGUGGGUUAUCAGCACUCGCCAGUGUUUCUCCUCCUGUGAUGCUGACUUAUCGGGGUAUGAAGUCUGGCUUGGUACUCUCUUUAAGAACCCUGGUCCUAAUGACCCCGACAAACAAGCCAUACCCAUCCUUAAGAUUGUCUGUGGACCCUCUGAAUCUCUUCUGGUGAUGCUGAAAUUAGAGAGACCAGCAGUUCUGAAUCCACGUGUGGAAUUGAUCUGUCUCCCGCCUGAGCAGUACAUUGUGCCUGAGAAUACCAAGUGUGAGAUCGCAGGAUGGGGUGAGACCAGAGGGACUGGCAAUGAAAAUAUGCUCCAUGUGGCUGAGUUACAUGUCAUGAACAAUCAGGAGUGCAAAGUGGCACUUCGGGGCCGCAUGAAGGAGAGCGACUUGUGUACACAGCCCCUGCAGAUAGGUGUGGGGGCCUGCGAGGGUGACUUUGGAGGCCCCUUGGCCUGCCUGACGCACGACUGCUGGGUGCUGGAGGGCGUGAUCACCCCAUCCCGUGUGUGUGCUCGCAAAGACAAGCCUGCCCUCUUCACCCGCGUCUCCCUCUACGUUGACUGGAUCAACAAAGUGAUGAAGUUGAGCUGAGUUUGCUGGAACCGUCCUGAAGCUGGGCCCCACUCCAGGUUUUGAGAGCCCCUGGACAAGAGGCCCUCCAGUACACGGACUUCUUUUUCUUGUGCAAUAAGUGCAUGCAUAUACCUGUGAGUGUGUGCACGUGCAAACACACCCACCCACAAACUCUUUUGCCCUUGUUUCUUUCAGCCUCAUUACUGCCAGCAGAGGCAUCAGUUAUGUGAAAAAGCUGUGCUGUGCUACUUCCAGCACUCUUCCCAUAAGAGAUAUGAGAAGAGGAGGCCUCUGGGGCCAUCUUGAAGGGACCCUCUGGCAGUCCUCCAAUUCCCAGUGGGCAGGGGUGGACCAAAUGUUCACAGGGUCCCUUCUCCAAGGCCAUAUGUGACCUUGCUGAACUUUGAUGGAGAGUUAGGCAGGAACAAUCCUCCCCCACCCCACUUGCCAAGGGACUUCCCAUUCUUGAGGUACAAGUCCUCUAUUUGACAUCAGUGUCAUCAAACCAGAAGAAGCUUCUGAAGUCUGAAAGUGCCUUUGGGGCCAUUUAUACCAGCAGCAUCUGUCCCCCCUGGAGUAAUUCUUUCCUGCAAAUGCUAUAAUAAUUCUGACUCUUGUUUCCUGCUUCUUAAAGAAGAACUAUCGUCAUUGUAGCAGUGAAGAAACAACAAAUCAGCUUAUCUCCAAACUGACACAAUAUUCAUUUAUUUAAAUGUAUUUCCUUUAAAGAUGGAUUCAAGGUUUUGUUUGUACAGUAGUUUAGAGCACGUAUAUUACCAAAAUGUUUGAACAAAAAGAAUUGAGAUGUAAAGGGGCAGACAUAUGCCUCCCUCUAAGCAUAUCCACUGUCUGAUAAAUACAGUCCUAGCAGAAAAACAAUCUGGGAGGUAUGUCUUGCAUUUCAAAAUAUAGAAAUCUAA